AUGGCAGAGAAUCUCCACUUUGAUACCCUACAGCUCCACGCUGGCCAUGAGCCCGAUCCCACCACCAACUCCCGGGCAGUCCCCAUUUAUGCCACGAGUUCCUAUGUCUUCAAUGACUCGGCCCACGGCGCCAGGCUCUUCGGCCUCAAAGAGUUCGGCAACAUCUAUAGUCGCAUAAUGAACCCGACAGUAGAUGUCUUUGAAAAGCGCAUCGCAGCCCUGGAGGGCGGUGUUGCCGCCAUUGCCGCAUCCUCGGGCCAGUCCGCGCAGUUCAUGGCCAUCACGGCCCUCGCGCAUGCCGGUGACAAUAUUGUCUCGACCAGCAAUUUGUAUGGCGGCACGUACAAUCAGUUCAAGGUGAUGUUCCCGCGGCUGGGAAUCACGACCAAGUUCGUGCAGGGAGACAAGGCGGAAGAUAUUGCUGCUGCCAUUGACGACAAGACCAAGGCGGUCUAUCUCGAGUCCAUUGGGAAUCCGCGGUACAAUGUCCCUGAUUUCGAAGCCAUCGCGAAGGUAGCCCAUGACAAAGGUGUCCCCGUUGUGGUCGACAACACAUUCGGUGCAGGCGGAUACUUCGUCCGUCCCAUUGACCACGGCGCCGACAUUGUCGUCCACAGUGCAACGAAAUGGAUUGGCGGCCAUGGAACCACGAUUGGAGGAGUGGUGAUUGAUAGCGGCAAGUUCGACUGGGGUAAGAACGGGGCUCGGUUCCCUCAAUUCAUCGAGCCCUCGGAGGGAUAUCAUGGGUUGAAAUUCUGGGAGACCUUUGGAUCCAUUGCGUUUGCAAUUCGAGUGCGCGUCGAGAUUCUCCGAGAUGUCGGCUCUGCUCUGAAUCCCUUUGCUGCGCAGCAGCUGAUUCUGGGUCUGGAGACUCUGAGUCUGCGGUGUGAGCGUCACGCAUCUAACACGCUAGCGCUGGCUCGAUGGCUGGAGAAGAAUGAGAAUGUGACGUGGGUGUCUUACCCGGGACUCGAGUCCCAUCCAUUCCAUGAACUUGCGAAGAAGUAUUUGCCGCGUGGAUUCGGUGGUGUGUUGUCCGUGGGAAUCAAAGGUGGUGCUGCCGGCGGCGCUCAAGUGGUGGAUAACUUCAAGCUGAUUUCCAACCUGGCCAAUGUCGGUGAUUCCAAGACCCUGGCCAUUCAUCCCUGGUCCACCACCCACGAACAGCUUUCGGAACAAGAGCGCCGCGAUUCUGGUGUCACCGAGGAUGGAAUUCGAAUUUCGGUUGGCACCGAGUAUAUUGGGGACAUCAUUGCCGACUUUGAGCAGUCGUUCAAGGCUUCUCAGGCUGUACCAGACCGCAGCGUUUAG